UGCGUCAUCGAUCGGUGCCUCGAGGGCCACGCCGUUCUCGGCGCCGACGGCACACAAGACGUUCUUCGUCCGAGGAGCAGCGGUGCUCUGGCCGCUGCCGGAGAAGCCAAUUCAAAUUUUGUAAAUUCACCUCAGCAAUUCGUGAUCUGCAAGGAGGAUUAAAACAAGCGCGGUUGGACAUAUCAAGCUGUUUUGAGGGAAGGCCAUGAGUGUUGGCGGAAGGCGCGCCGGAGGAGCAUGGAAAAGUACGAAACUCUCGGAGUAGUUGGCGAAGGCUCGUACGGCCUCGUGCUGAAAUGUCGGCAUCGUGAGUCUGGACAGUUGGUGGCCAUCAAACGCUUCCUCGAGACCGAAGACGACUUGGCCGUCAGGAAAAUGGCAUUAAGAGAAAUCAGGAUGUUGAAGAAAUUACGGCACGAAAAUUUAGUAAGCAUGUUGGAAGUUUUUCGGAGGAAACGACGCUUCUACCUGGUCUUCGAGUUCAUGGACCACACCCUGCUAGAAGAGUUGGAGGAACGCACCUCCACUUCCUGUCCUGGGCUCGGCGAGGCCACGGUGCGCAGACACGCGUUCCAGAUCCUCCGCGGCCUCGACUUCUGCCACUCGAGCAACAUCAUUCACCGAGACGUGAAGCCCGAAAACGUGCUCGUCUCCAAACUCGGCGUGGUGAAGUUGUGUGACUUUGGGUUCGCGCGAAUGGUGGCUGCUCCCGGCGAGACGUACACCGACUAUGUGGCGACCAGAUGGUACCGGGCACCGGAAUUGCUCGUCGGCGACACUCUGUACGGCAAGGAAGUCGACGUGUGGGCGGUCGGCUGCCUCAUGGCCGAGAUGAUGACCGGAAAUCCCCUAUUCGCCGGCGACUCGGACAUUGACCAAUUGUUUUUAAUUACCAAAGCGCUAGGCAAAUUGUCCAACAAGCAUCAGCACCUGAUUUCUAGAAACCCCAUGUUCAAAGGCAUGCGAAUCGGUUCCGCCGUCACGCCUGCCAAUUUGUACGACAUGUUUCCGAGUUGGCCGCGACUAUCUCUCGACUUCACGUCUGCCUGCCUCCGCCUCGACCCCAACAGCCGACCACCCACUUCAGAACUUUUGCAACACACCUAUUUCAAUCACGAUGGCUUUCCCGGUGCCUUCCUGCCUGAGUUGCGUGCCCGAAUGCAGCAGGAGUGCCAAAACAACCCCCUCCUCUCGCGGCGUUUCAGCAACACCGCGAAUUCGGCGCGGAGUGUGAGAGGGGACGGGGCGCCGCACCCCAACCCCCAGAGUGACCUAGAGUCGCUGAUGCUGCCGGCGGCGCUGUCCAACCGCGGCCAGACUGACAGGGACGGAAGUGGACCGAGAUGGAAUAAAGUGCAGGAAGCGCCGGAGCGGAGGGAAAACCUCAGGUCACGGAGGGGUGGCAAGGAGGAGCAGGAGGGGAAGGCCGGCUCGCCGACCACCAGGACAUCGUCGCGACUCCAGAGGUCGCUGCAGCAGGAGUUGGCCGACCUCAUGCCGCCCUCACCUGCAGGUCACGACGUACACGCCUCGGGCUCGCACCUCUACGUGCUGCACCCCUCCAUCAACAACCUUAGCUUCGGAAACAUCAACUCAAGGUUUUCCGACACCUCAUUCAACAAACGGUCACCCUUGGGCAACGUGACCACAGGGACAAACGCCACCAGCCGCCACAAAGCACCCCCCUUGGUUCCCGCCGCCGGCACCAACAAGACAAAACGCAUUGGCAGCAUUUUGGGCGACAGCGUGGACCGGCCGCUCGAGUCGCCGCCCCCAGCCACCCUUACCUGGGGGCGGCGACUGGCACCACUAAGACACCGAGGCCUCCUACCCACUGAUGAAUUUUCUCUUCCGAACCUUCCCGGCGCCGUCGGGAGUCCCAACAAAAUGCUGAAGAAGCGCGAAAAGUUGGGCAAUCUUGUAAACAUCGAAAACUAUGUACCUUCAACCACGGACAAGCUGAGCAGCAAGUCAAAUUUGACGGACAAGGACUUGAGCUAGCUGUUAAUCUUCGGCUCCAGGAAGUCUUGGGGUCACAAAUGACGACAACUAACUCGAUUACGCGUCAUUUUGCAUAAUUUAUUGCUGCAUGAGAUAUAUGAGAAUAAAUUACAGUAAACGUGUGAGUGUACCAGACGAGGGGGCGCUUUCUUAUACAAGUUGGCGGAAGUAGGUGUUGCUUCUCGUGUGCCUUCUUUAUAUGUUUUUUUUUCUCUCCCCACUAAUUACACCAACGUGUUAUUUUAAUUGCGGGCAAAAUGCAUAACUAUGGUAUAAUUUACGCUACUGAAAUAACUCUGUCCAUUGAGAAUAAAAUUAAAAAAUUUGAAAUUAUUUUGAAACUGCG